AUGGGAGACGCCAGUCUGAGCAAAACGACAAGUCCGGACUGGUCGGAUUCCUCCUCGGGGUCAUCCGUCGACCACUCUGCCCACGGGCACUCCGCGAAGCCUAUGCGACCGAAACUCCCUAGUCGAAAGAGCAGCGGCACCAUGAUUGUUCCUCGCGACUCGACAGAGGUCGGGCCGGUCGACCUGCACGUUGGGCCCGACGAUGUUAGAGCCAUGAGUCCCCGAAGAACGAGCGAAGACAUCCAAACCCUAGGCAAGGAAACUCGAGAAGAACUCCGCAGGCAUGCUAAAGCAUUGCAAGAAUCAUUGCAUACGCUCGUCAACCGGAUCGAGGCGGUCAAACACGAGCAUGACAAGUUAGAUCACAACAACAAGUUCCUCCAGAAAUACAUCGGAGAUCUGAUGACGACCGGCAAGAUCACCUCAACUGGGCGAAACAAGAAAUGA